CGCGCACCGGGGCGGCAGUGACGGGCGUGACGUAGUCGGAGGAGGAUGUACGCCCCUGUUGGCGAGGGCCCCAGCAACCAACGACCAUCCCUGGUCAAUCCAUGGUGGCUUCAUCCGCCAGCUGGACGAGCAAUUGGGCACGAGCGCGAUCAAGAAGGUAAAUACCUAUUGGAAGGUAGCUGCGAGAGGGGCGGUGAAGGUCACGGAGUUGAGCCUAAGGGUGGCAUCAUGGACUCUCAUCAGCAGCAGUUCUGCCUCAAGUGGAACAGUUUCGGCAGCAAUCUAGCAACGACAUUCUCGAAUUUAUUCAAAAGCGAGAGUCUCACCGAUGUCACCCUGUUCUGCGAGGGAGUUACGUUCAAGGCACACAGGAUAGGUCUCGCAGCAUGCAGCAAGCACUUUCAGGAGCUCUUCGAAGGAAUGCCGCCAUCUCCCGCGGGACUGAUCGUUAUUCUCGAUGGGACGAGUGCCCACAAUAUGGCGUCCCUCCUCGAAUUCAUGUACCGUGGAGAGGUACAUGUGUCCCAGGAAUCCCUCAGCUCCUUCCUCAAGGCAGCUGAAUGCCUUCAAGUUAAGGGUCUGUCGAUCAUCGAGCAUGAGAAGCUGGCGGUGGCGCAGAGGCACGCCGCGGAGGGCAGCAACACUUCCGCGGAUAUAGAGAGUAACGGCGGAGGCGGUGGUGGCAGCGUCGGGGGUAGCGUCGGCAGCGGUAGCAUCAGUGGUACCAUCGGCAACGGGGGCGGCGGUGGCGGCGUCGGUGAUAUGAGCAACAUGAACGAGGCUGGCGAAGCCACCAUGGUCAGGAACAUCAUGAAGAGGACCCCCACACCGGCGCCAUCGCCCGCUCCGGCGUACACCGUGCCCAGCGUGUACUCCACCUCUCACUAUUACGAGAGCCCACCGAAGAGGCUGAUGAGAUCGCCGAGCGAUGUCGAUUCGCUGGGCAGAGCGAGCGUGUUGCGCGACGGCACUGCCUUUCGGCCGGCGUCCGCCCCGCAUCCGCUUCUGUUGGAGAACCACUUCUACCAACCGUUCAUCCAUCCCUCCGAAACUUCUUUGCAUCCCCACACUGCGCCGCACACGCCCACGGAACUGGAACAGCAGCUGGAACGAGCGCGGUCCGAGGAGCGCAGCAAUUGUGAUCUCAAGGAAAACGUUGCCGAAGAUCUUCGAAUAAAGCAGGAGCCAGUGGCGUUGACCGAUCGAGAGAGGGCGGAGAAGUUGGCGGAGAAAUUGUCAAAGCGGGAAGACGAGGUUUAUCCCGGACGGGGGGGAUUUGACGCGGGCUCGUACGGAUCGAACUCGGAUCAUCUGCACGGUGCACAGCUGGGUUCGUCGAUGGUGCCGAUGCCGCCGAUUCCCGAUCCCGUCGCACCCGCUAUGUGGAACGCGAAGAUCAACAAGGCCAGCACUGUCUCUACCGUCGACGGCGCCAAGAAAUUGAAGUGUCCCUUCUGCGAGAGACUGUAUGGCUACGAGACGAAUCUGCGCGCCCACGUGCGGCAACGUCACCAGGGCAUCAGGGUGCCGUGUCCGUUUUGCUCGCGAACGUUCACCAGGAACAACACCGUCAGGCGGCACAUCGCGCGGGAGCACAAGACCGAGACGAGCCUGAAGGCCUUCCAUGAGCAGUCCAACCAUUCGGUUUCGGACACCGUGUCCCAGUAACAACGUCUUCGGCG